AGGAAGGAUGUUGACGUGAUUUCCGCAGGCAGCAAACCGGGGAAAGUUGUUUCCUGAAGUUUACACCGAGACGAUUAUAAUCACACCUCGAUCCCGAUGCUUCUAAAAAGUUACCUCGACUGAUUUGUGAUUUUAACUGAACUGCUUUAAUCAGCUGGUGGCUGGUUUCUUCGGAAAAGAUGAGCGCCGACACCGAACUCACAGAGGGGAGCUCACAGGCCCCGCUAGCCGAGCUCAGAGCCCAGGUGGAGCACUGGCAGGGUGUGGCGACGAUCUGCGAGCUGAGCAAACAGGAGGAACUGGCAGAGCUGCAAAAACAAUGUGAUCAAGAGAUCCAGUCUCUGCAGGAGGCGCUCAGAGAAACAGCAGCGCAGUAUGAGGCCAGGAUCGCUGUUCUUCAGUCCCAACCUGUGGAGUGGAGGAGACCCAGCGGACAGAACUUGGUCGUUAGAAGAAAAGGCAGGAUGGAUCCAGAAACCACAAGUAAUGAGUCCCCGUUGUCGAUCAGCAACAGCCUCGCGGAGGCAGAGGCAUCAGCAGAAGGGCGGCUCAGCCAGUCAGCAGACCUGGAUGGGGUGGCAGAGGGCGAAGGGGCUCCUCUUACAGCAGAGGGAUAUUUUUCACUUCGCCAGUGCGACUCUGCCUCGUUGUCCUCCUUCUCCUUGGACACGCCCUCGCUGCCCAGAAGACUCAACGGUCAGGAAGACACAGACUCGCUGUUGUCCACAGGAACUCUGGUGCCCGAAGCCAUUUACCUGCCGCCAGCUGGGCACCGGCUGGUCACACACAACGACUGGGAUUCGCUCAAUGUUCAGGUGUCAGAGUUGCUUGACCAGGUGAGUCGACUGCAGGCUGAGAAGGAGGAGUUGGAGGGCGAGUUGGACAAACAGGCCAACCAGACACACAAGCAGGUAACAACACUGCAGGCUCAAGUCCAGACGUCUGAGACUCUCCUCCAAGAUUUGCAGAAGUCUUUUAGUCAAUCACAGAAUGCGGUCCAGAGUCGGCUGGCAGAAUUGUCUCUUUCUCAGAAGAAGAUGUGCAACGAGCUUUGCAGACUGAAAGGAGAAGAGGUGAAGGACGAGGUGCCAGUGUCCAGCCUGGUUUUACCAGCAGCGCUCCAAGGGGCUCACUGUGAGGAGCGCCUUCGCAUUGAGAUAGUCAACCUGCGGGAGCAGCUGGACACACGGACAGAGGAGAACGAAGUGUUAGAAGUGCAGCUUUGCAGCCUGAAGACGGAGACGGAGAGGAUCCAGGCGCAGAGGGACCAGCUGCAGGCAGACCUGCUCGCUAGCCGCACCGAGCUCGACGCCCUGCGGGUGGCGCUCUCUCAUGUGCAACACAACAACAAGGCCCUACAGAGCGAUAAAGCGUCUCUGCAGCAGCAGUGCCUGGAGCUGCGCAGCCAGGUGAUCAGCCUGCGCUCCCAGGUCGACACCAGCCAGACCGUACAGAGGGACUUUGUGCAGCUGUCCCAGUCGCUGCAGGUGAAACUGGAGCUAAUUCGACAGGCAGAGAGUCUGGAACAAGUCAGGGAAAUCCUGGAAGAGGGAGUCAGUGAAGCGAGUUCUUCACCUGCAGACGCCUCGUGAGUCUUAGGAAGUUACUCUAGAACCAAAGAGCACAAACAAAGAUGGAGUCGGUGACCAAAACCAUAACACUUGGACGCAUGGGUCACGUGACCAACCAGAGACAGUGGUUUGGUGUCACUGACCAAAGCGAUCUGUGAUGAACCCUAACUUUGGUGACACUGUUCCUAUACUGGCCUUAUUCUGCGUCUGGUAAAAUGUAUGCUUCUGUAUAAAAUAUACACAAACGUACUGUUUCUAAAAACUGACAUGACUUCAGUAUAACACUCAACAGUCCAGCACUUGAUUUGGAACAAAUCAGUAAUUAAUAUGCAAACCACACAUUGUUCAUGCAAACAUUUUGCAUGCUUGUGAAGAAGAAUUGAGUCGGUGCAAUAAUGGAGGAUGCAGUGAUACAAAUACUCUUCUAAGCUAACGACUGUACAUGUCAAAUGUUUUUAUUAUACACAUAAUGUCAUUACUGUAAUAUUUUAACUUUCAGACUUAAAUCAAUUAUAAUUGUGGGUCCAGGGAGAAAUUAAGUAAAUGUCUGUUAAAAAACGUUUCUCCGUUUUUUUUUGUUUUUUUUAAUUUAUUAAUACAUUUUGAAAGCUAGUUAUAUUUUCUUCAUCCUUUUUGUUCUGUGGUAAGGUUUCCUAACAACAAGGAGGUCACUUUGUCUACAGACCAGGUCUGGAUUUCAAUAUUAUUUGAAAGGUUUUCAUUAACCUAGAAAUAAAAAAGACUAUUGAAAAAACAAAA